AUGCGAUCAACCAAUUUCAAAGCCUUAUUCACCCUCUUACUUCCCCUGGCCGGGCUCCCACUCUUGACUGCUCGACCAAUCAACGAGAAUGGACAUGCCCACGGACUCAUCGCAAGAUACACACCCGAGACGAGUAUUCCGGAAACCACUGAGGAAGCUUCCGCUCCUACAUCAACCACUGAAGUGGCAUCCGUUCCUUCGACUUCAGUAGAAUCCACUUCGGCUGUUUCGUCUGAAUCUCCAUCAUCAUCCACCGAAGUUCCUUCCACCACUGAAGCUGUUCCUGAGGAAAGUACUACUUCGGAAGCUGCCACACCAACUGAAAGUCCAUCUUCGACCGAGGUGGCAUCCUCUAGGGAAGUUCCAACUUCGUCCGAGACUUUUGCUCCAUCGACCAGCACGAAUACCCUCGAGGAAACUGCCACAGAGACCCUCGCCCCUUCCGAAAGUACCAACUCUGCGCCCGCUCCAGUCGAAUCCACAUCCGAGGCAGCCCCUCCCGCAUCUACUGCACCUCCUGAUGAAGGCGAUGAAUGUGAAGAGGAAGAAGACGAUUCCACACCUUCCCCUACCACCACCGAUGCAGCUACUCCUACCGAAUCCGAGAAUCCCGAGGAUUCCGAGGAAUGUGAAGACGAGGAUGAAGGAUCUUCUGCCACUACCUCUGAUGCAGCUACUCCCACUCAAUCCGAGGAAGGUUGCGUAGAUGAGAAUGGCGAGUCAUGCCCUUGUUCACAAGUAUGGGCUACCAUGUCAACCUCUGCUCCUGCAGCUCCAACCACCGAGGAAGCUUCCCUUCCUACCACUAGUGCUCCAUCGGCAUCCCCUUCGGAAGAUUGUGAAGAAGGCGCUUCGUCAAUAUACGAAUCAUUCGAAAGUAGCUUGACUGCCAGUCCAACCGGGAGCGGAAGUGCGAUCAUAUCCACUGCUCCGGUGACUGGUGAAACUUCAGAAGCUGUUGCCCCUACCACCUCUGUUCCUGAGACUUCAGCUCCUGUGAUUUCCGAAUCUGCUUCCGCUUCAACUUCCGAAGCUGCUAUCCCUACGACUUCGACCUCAGAGACUGCAGAAGCUCCUACCACCUCAUGUGAAUCUUCCCUAGCUGAGUCUUCAGCUCCUUCAUCAACAGAGGAGACUUCCACCGCUCCUGUCCCAUCUCAAACCUCAAUCGAGGGAUCCACUCCGGAAGAUGGCGGGGAUUAUGAUUCCAAAAAGAGGUAA